CUAAAAAUUACAAACCAAGAUAGGUUUAAAUAAUAAAAACCUAGAAAUAUAGGGCCAAGCCCAUUAUUUAAGUCCUAAUUAAAAUACGUAAACUUAAAUAAAAGUCCAACUGAAACAAUAAUAAAAGUCCAACUAAAAUACUGAAACAAUAAUAAAAGUCCAACUAUAAGGAUGUCCUCAUCACAUUGCCUCUAGAAACAAUAAGACUCGAGAGAGAAAUUAAACUCAGAGACCAUUUUAACUGGAAAUGGAUUUCUUAAGCAUUUUUCUGAAAAAAGCAAAGCCAUAUAUGGCUGCUAUUUUCUUACGUUUUGUUUUCGCAGGUUUAUUUACAAUUGCAAAGCAUGCUCUAAACCUGGGAAUGAGCCAUUACAUCUUUACUGUCUACAGGAAUGUGAUUGCCGCCGUUGUCUUUGGUCCUUUCGGAUUAGCAUUCGAAAGGAAUACAAGGCCAAGGAUGACACUCCCCAUCCUCUUCAAGAUCUUUCUACUUGGCUUAUUAGGGGUUCUUGAUCAAAACUUGUACUAUGCUGGAAUGAAGCAUACAACAGCAACUUUUGCAACAACAAUCUACAACUUUCUUCCUGUCAUAAACUUUCUGUUGUCUUUACUGUUGAGGCUUGAGAAGGUGAAAUUUAGAAGCUUACACGGCCUGGCAAAGGUUAUUGGAACUUUUGUCUGUGUUGGUGGAGUUUUGGCAAUGACAUUCGUCAAAGGACCUCUUAUCGGAUUGCCAUGGACCAAACACAAACCCACAAGUGCUGCAAAUUAUCACCAAAAUUCCUUUAGAGGCCCCCUCAUGAUCUUUGGAGCUUGUUUUUUUGCGGCCAGUUUUAACGUUAUUCAGGCAAAAACAUUGGAGUCAUACAUAGCUUCACUCUCCCUCACGGCUAUGAUAAGUGCCGUGAUGGGUAUCGAAGGCUUUAUAGCAUCUGUUGUGUUCGAGAAGGGCAUUAAUUUUGCAGUUUGGUCGAUACAUUGGGAUAUUAAACUAUUAGCUUGUGUCUACGGAGAAAUCCUUUGUUCAGGACUUGGUUAUUAUAUUUCAGGAUAUAUAUUACAAGAAAAAGGACCAGUGUUUUUAACAUCAUUUAAUCCUCUAACCAUGUUGAUUGUUGCCGGUAUGAGCAGUUUCAUUUUAGCAGAGCAAUUGGAAUUGGGAAAGGUUGUAGGAGGAUUUGUUAUAGUGGUUAGGCUGUACCUAGUGCUAUGGGGUAAAACCAAGGAUGAUCAUUCUAUCGUGUCCAAAGUUUCUGCACUAAAUUCAUCUUCCAUGAAGGCCUCAUCAAGUGAUGGCUCCCAAGCAACAACUGCAGAUAUUUUUUAAGAUUAAUUCAUUUGUGUACCUCAUAUCUUUGGUUUCACUUGUAAGCCUGCAAUUGUAGCGGGUAUUGUUCCACUUCGGUAAGUUUUGAUCUCCUACCCCUAACCUUAAGGGAAGGACGAUGAACAUAUUUGAAACUACUUGUCUUAAUACCA